GCUGGAUUUCUCUCUGACCGAAGACGAAGAAAACAACACCAUCGUCUUAGACCUGGCAGUUUACAGACACAUGGACACCUCCCUGAUAGACGUGGACGUUCAGCCGACGUACGCCAGAGUCAGCGUCAAAGGAAAGAUAUUUCAGAUGGUUCUGCCGGCCGAAGUGAAGCCCGACAGCUCGACAGCUCAGAGGUCCCAAACCACCGGACACCUGGUCCUCACCAUGCCCAGGGCUGAAGGUGAAAUCAAAGUGACAAAGACCGUCCAACGUCCGCCCAGAGCGCGUCGAACCAGCUCGUCUGAGGACAGUAAAAGAAGAAACACUGUUCCUGAGAGGUUGGAGGUGGACCCCAGUAAACGCACAACCAUCGACCUCGCCAACAUCGUACCACGCCGGAGCACCAAAGAAGGUCCUCUAGAAACAUCCAGGGUGGCUCCACCUUCCACAGCAGGUCGCAGCAGCUUCUCUGAAGGGUUUGUGGACGACCCCGAUGUCCCUCCACUCAUUUAAGACUUUAAGGACUGACUGCUAAGGACGGACCUAACCGUUCCCCAAGUCUUGUUUAUGACGUGAUCUGUCCUGUAGCCUUUCCUGUAUAAGACCACUGGGAAGCUUUGGCUGCUUGUAUUAAACAUUAUUUACCUCUUCAGACCAACAAUAAGUCAGAACUGAGUGACGAUCAACCAAGUCACUAAUGGCUGUAGAACUAAUGAGAAGUACAAAUACUGCUACAAACCAAUGAGGUUUUUGUAAUUAAUUGGACCUUUGGAAAACUUUGUGUUUCCUGUCACGGUUCACUACCACAAUCAAUAAACGUACAAUCCACUGAUGA